GUCAUCUCAUAUCUAUUGCGUCCAGAUAUAUUCCGUUUGGAUGGAGUAAUAGAGACUAGAGAGGAGGAAGCAAAAACUAAAAAGAAAAAGGUGGCUAUAUCUAUAUCUGUGCUUCUGCUUCAAACAACUGAUGAAAAGGACGAUCUAUCCAUGGAUUCCUUGCAGCUCUUCUCUCUGUUACUUUUCAUUUUUGCAGCUUGCUCGAAUCAGCAACCUUGUUUAGGGAAACAAGGAUUUGAUUCUCUUGGCAGUGAGGGAAACCCCUCGAUAAGAGAUGAGAUAAUUAGGCUGUCGAACGCUCCUGACACCGUGAAUUGGCUGAAAAAGAUAAGAAGGAAGAUUCAUGAGCACCCAGAACUGGCAUACGAAGAAUAUGAGACGAGCAAGCUCAUCAGGAGCGAGCUCGAUCAAAUGGGCAUCGAGUAUCGAUGGCCUGUUGCAAAGACGGGUGUGGUUGCUACCAUAGGCUCCGGAUCCCCUCCUUUUGUUGCUCUAAGAGCAGACAUGGAUGCUUUGCCUAUUCAGGAAAUGGUGGAGUGGGAGCAUAAGAGCAAAGUUGCAGGGAAAAUGCAUGCCUGUGGACAUGAUGCUCAUGUCACCAUGCUUCUCGGAGCUGCAAAGAUACUGCAAGAGCUGCGAACCACGUUGAAGGGAACUGUUGUCCUUAUAUUCCAACCUGCUGAGGAACGAGGUGAUGGGGCGCUGAAAAUGGCGGAAGAAGGGGCACUAAGAAAUGUAGAGGCAAUCUUUGCCAUGCAUACUGUAUAUCAGUAUCCUACAGGUGUUGUUGCUUCUAGGCCUGGAGAAUUUCUAGCAGGGUGUGGAAGCUUCAAAGCAAAGAUCAGUGGGAAAGGUGGUCAUGCAGCGAUCCCACAACAUUCUGUUGAUCCUGUUUUGGCAGCCUCAGCGUCAAUAAUUAGCUUACAAAAUAUUGUUUCAAGAGAGACAGACCCUUUGGAUUCCCAGGUGGUUUCUGUGUCCAACUUCCAAGCUGGAACUGCAUAUAACAUAAUCCCAGACUCGGCCCUGAUUGGUGGUACUUUCAGAGCUUUCAGAAAGAAUAACCUUAAUGUGUUGAAGACACGAAUAGAAGAGGUUAUCAAGGGGCAGGCCGCAGUACAUCGAUGCUCAGUAGACGUGGACUUCUCUGUAGAACGUCCCAUGAUUCCGCCAACUGUGAACGAUAAGAGGCUUUAUGAUCUAAUGCACCGUGUUUCAACUGGGAUCAUAGGACAUGAUAAUAUGCAUGUAGCUCCUUGCUACAUGGGAAGCGAAGAUUUUGCCUUCUAUUUAGACCAAAUUCCGGGUACUUUCCUUUUGAUAGGCACCAGGAAUGAGAAGAUUGGAGCAAUUUAUCCUCCACAUAGCCCUUAUUAUACCAUUGAUGAGGAUGUACUUCCCAUUGGAGCAGCAAUACAUGCAGCAUUCGCGCAUUCAUACCUUACAAAUUCAACUAUAAACAUAAGUUGAUACACCAUUCCUAACUUGCUUUUCUUUUUGCAAUCCUGAAGAAGUUGAAUGUAAUAUCACAAGUGUGAUAGAUAGUGAACUACAAGCAAGAUGUAAUUCAUUCGUUUAUUAGUAGAAGGAUAUCGAAAUUGGGGGGAAAGCACCAGAAAUGCAUGCUCACCCAAAGUGCAGCACGCCUCAAUGGAAUCUACCUGUGUACUUUAAAGGGCUUUCUCUCUUUUUCUUCUUGUGUAAUGGAUGUAGAGGUAGCUUGGAGUUUAAGAGCGCUUUGACAUUUAAGACCUACAAUGAAACUUUGCUUAAUGCCUUACCAUA